AAAGAGUCCUUCAAUGGCGGUAGCCGGUAGCUGCUCCCAUUAAUUUCCCUCACCUUCCCAUCUCUAUUUCAUCACUUCAAUUCCACCGCCCCUCCUUCAAAACCAACUAAAAUUAAACCAAAACACCUUCACAUCGCGAGCAAUGGCGGCGGGAGGACCCUGGAUCUUGGCUGUGGCAGUACUAGUGAUUAUGGCGAUUGAGGGGAUUUCAGGGCAGGCGCCGGCGCCGGGACCGGGGGCGGUGGGAGAAGUGGAUUGCUUUACGACGCUGCUGGGCAUGUCGGAUUGUUUACCGUACGUGACGACGGGGAGUAAUGAUACGAAGCCGAAUAAGCAAUGUUGCUCGGAAUUGGCAGGGCUGGUGGAGAAUAGCCCUAAAUGCCUUUGUGAGCUGCUUAGUGAUCCAGAUAAAGUUGGAUUCACCAUUGAUGUUGAUAGAGCUAUGAAGCUUCCUACUCAAUGCCAUGUCUCCACUCCUUCCAUUUCUCUAUGCUCUCUUUUGGGAUAUCCAGUGGGAUCAUCGAAUAGUCCAGCACCAUCACCAGGUGUUCAACCACCGGAUGCAGGAGGCUCUAGCACCACCGACACCCCAGGAAACAGCGGGAAUAGGGCUUCGAGCAUCGACCACCUUCGUCUUGCAUUUCCACUUGGCUUGGCCUUAGCAUUCAUUCCUGCACUUUUCUAACCUUUGAUUAUCUAUAAAAUUGUUUGCCUAUUCUUCUGUCUUUCCUUUUCAGUUUAGAAGUCAUUGUAUUUGUAUUUUAUUGUAUUGUACUGUACUGAGAUAUUUUCAUGAUUGUUAGGCCAAUAAAAUGUUAGCUUCUAUUGAACUAUUUUGUUGAAAGUGAAACCACCUGCCCUACAACUUCUAAGGGAAAUGUUUGUUUCUGUUGUGGUAAA